AUGUAAGGUCCUCUCAUGGGAUUUUGGGCUUCAAUGGGGAGAGUCCAAUGCACCGUUAGGCCCAUCAUAUUUAAGAGACGAAAAAGGACCGAUCAGCUUAAGAAUGAGAUGAUCCGAAGCUCUGAACUACUGAGAAUUGAGAAAAAGGAAGCCAUAGCCAUAGCCAUAGCCAUAGCCAUAGCCAUGGAAUCAUCGUCUCUAACUUCGUUACCUGAAGAAACUACAGAACAUCAACAACACCCUCAAUCUCUCUCCGCCUUUGCCUCCAUUCCAGCUCGACCUCCCACUCAGAGCACUCCUUCUCAAAAGUACUCACCUUUGGAUUGGUUGAGCUAUUUUGAUGAAGAAGAGGAUAUAAGUAUUCCGGAAUCUGAUGAUGUAUUUCAUGUGUAUAAGGCAGGAAAAGAAGGUCCAGUUGUUCUUUGUCUACAUGGAGGUGGUUAUACUGGGCUUUCCUUUUCAUUGUCAGCAAGUCUUAUGAAAGAGAAAGCUCGGGUAGUGGCAAUGGACCUGCGAGGACAUGGAAAAUCAAUUGCAGAAAAUGAACUCGACCUUUCCAUCGAGACAAUGUGCAAUGAUGUUGUGGCUGUUGUAAAAGCAAUGUAUGGCGAUUCCCCUCCAGCCAUCGUGCUUGUCGGCCACAGCAUGGGAGGCUCAGUUGCUGUACAUGUAGCCGCAAGUAAAGCUAUCUCUACCUUGGCUGGAUUGAUUGUUAUUGAUGUUGUAGAGGGAACAGCUUUGGCAUCAUUGAUUCAUAUGCAGAAAAUCCUAUCUAGCCGGGUGCAACAUUUUUCAAGCAUUGAAAAAGCGAUUGAAUGGAGUGUCAAAGGGGGCUCUUUGAGAAACAUUGAAUCUGCUCGCGUGUCAAUCCCCCCCACAUUAAAGUAUGAUGACUCUAAGAAAUGUUAUGUACACAGAGCGCAACUGGUAGAAACAGAAAAAUAUUGGAGAGGCUGGUAUGAAGGCCUUUCCGAAAAAUUCCUGUCAUCUCCUGUUCCAAAGUUGUUGCUUUUAGCCGGCACAGAUCGACUAGACAGAGCUCUUACAAUUGGUCAAAUGCAAGGAAAAUUUCAAAUGGUGGUUGUUAAACAUACUGGGCAUGCUAUACAGGAAGAUGUACCUGACGAAUUUGCUAAUUUAGUACUUAAUUUUAUUUCUCGUAACCGGAUUGGCCCGCGUGGAGUUGAGAUACCAGGACUUCGUAGGCCAUUUCAAUCUCAACCUUUGAAGUAGAAAGCAAAAAGAGAAGAUAAUAACAAUACUAUCAUUUGGGUGCUGACCUCAGUUCACUGCAUUUUGUAGUAUUUUCCAUUUUGGCCCUUUCUCUAAACUAGAGUUUAAUAUGUAAUCAAGAUUGUUAUACAUGUACAUGACAUCAAAGUGUUUUGUUUUUACAUAUUGUAUAUUUUGAAUUUAGAAACUUUACUCUCAACA